AUGGAGGACGAAGCACUUUCGACCCCUCUGUCGCUACGUACCGGUCCUGCCCUCGUGCUGACCCGAACCCGAUCCCAGGAGGCCGUCUACGCCUCCGCUGCUCCGCCGUUUGCCCAGUAUCCUCCCGACAUGGCUGUUCAGCAGCUGCGUCAUCAGGUGGGCCAAGCUGUGGACGCACAGGCGUCGCGUAGCGAUACUGUGCAACAAGCUGUUGGGGCCCAAGGCCAACGCACUUACGAACAGUUGAUGGCACUCCAUCAACAGCAACAGAUGCAGGCCAAUGCCCAGAUGGAACUCAACCAGCGACUGAUGGCUGAGCUGGCAUUGCAGCGUGACCAGCAGAACCAACUGAUGGCUCAGCUGGAAGCCCAGCGUCGUACCACUGAGAACCACGACCAAGGGCUACGAGCGGCUGCUACAUCAUCGAUUCUACAAGCGGAAGCGCUGGAAGACAUGCGGCGACGUACGAGCGCCAGAUGGCAUGCGUUUACGGCGACCCCAGCCCCUCAAACUGUCCAAGCCCCGGCGACUGUUGGUGUGCAUAUUGUGUACGGAUUUCAAGAGGUGCCCAAAGCCCCGACGUUUAAUGGAAGCACGAAGGUGCAGAAGCGUCGGUUCAUGGACCAGUAUGAAGCGUACAUGCGUGAGAUCCGUCUGGCCAAUGCACAGCGUCCUGGUGGGCAGCAAAUUCGUCAGAUGCCUCUCAGCGGCUGUAUCGACCCGCUGGCGGUGGAACGCAUAGCGUUUUGGGAAAUUGAAGCCGAGCCAUGA